AUGAAAUUUUCAAAACAAUUAAUAGCCAUUAGUUCUAUAUUAAUGGUAACCAUUUCUGGUGUACUUGGUGCAACAGAUUUGGGUGAAUGUUUCUCAUCAAGAUCCACAUGGUAUGAAGCCGUCGAACAUGGAAACUGUGGAUAUGGUCCACUCGAAGGUCCAACCGGUCCAGGUCAUCGUUUCAUUGCAGCUGCCGCUACAGCAGUCUACAAUGGUUCAAGUGCAUGUGGUGAAUGUUAUGAAAUAAAUGGUCCAAUGGGUACUCAAGUUGUAACUAUUGUUGACCAAUGUCCAGAUCCAGGAUGGUGUGAUACUUCAUUCCCACAUUUUGAUUUAUCACCUGAAGCAUUUGCUGUAGCUGGAGGUAGCACUGUUGGAGUAUUUAUGAGUACUGCCAAGAAGGUGUCUUGCGACUAUGUCCAAGGUCCUAUCAAGCUGUUGAUGAAGGAUGCCGAUACUACUGCCCAAUGGUUUGAAUUUAUGGUAUUUAAUCACAAGGUUGGUUUGGACCAUAUCGACAUUGAAACUGCCGAUGGCAAGGUCAUCUCACUCCCACGUCGUCUUUACAACUACUGGACCUACUCUGGCGAGCAAGGUCAAGUCAAGUUCCCCAUCGUUGCUCGUGUCUACUCCAAGUAUGGCGAGCGUGUUGAUGUCAUGGUCAAGUCGUUCACCCGUGCUGUCGUGACCGAGGGAACCGGCCAAUUUGGCGAGCCAGUCACCGGUAUCAAGGACGCUUGUGUCGCUCCUCUUCCAGUUGACGCACAAGGUUGGAUCUACCACAAUGGAUCGCUUGUCAAGCCACUCGACUACAACCACCCCAAUCUUGGAUGGGCCGAUUGGUCUUCCAACGCCAAUAUUAACUGGGCCGAUACAUCUGCUGCCAGAGAGGGUGGCGCUGCAGUCUGCUCUGCCACCAUCAACCCCAUCGGAUCCAUUCAAAUCGGUACCGACCUCCCAGUCGAGUGGGCACCUCUUUUUGACAGUCUCGAGUUUUACAUCAAGGGUGACUCUGCCAUCAGCACACUCGCCGUCGGCUAUGCCACCACUGUCACCGUACCAGUCUCCACCUCUUGGACUAAACAAACCUUUUCACUCUCGUCCCUCGGUGCACCAGACUCUCUUGGCAAACCAACCAACCUCGCUUUUAGAAACAUAGGUUCAUCUGCAUUUAAAAUCUAUCUUGAUGAUAUCAAACUUGUCCCAAUCGCAAAUACAAAUACUUCUUCAUCAUCUUAG